CUUCUUCCCCGAUCGAGCCACGCCGCCACUAGACCUAGCCUUCUCUGACGAACUCCGAUCACCGCCCCCGCCACCACGACAUCGCCGACGCCCCCCCAUUGCAUCUGCGACCAACGAUGACGCAAGCAACACGAACAGAGGCAACGACCUGGAUGAGGGCAGCAGGCCCCGGCGACUCCCUUUGUUCCGGUGAAGUCUAGCAGCGACGGGGAAGGGCGAUGUCGCGAGGGCAGUCGACGGCUACGAAUGGUCAGCGGCGGGCGACCUCCAUCUUUGGCGGAGAAUUUCCGAUCAGACACAGGGGUGGUGGUAAUGAUCUCCACCGGCGACGAGGGUAGUCCAGCGAGAAGGGGGUUGUGGCCUCCAUCUUUUCCGGAGAAACAGUGGGUAGUCCAUCGAGCCUCCUCUGCUCCGGCAAAAAUAGCAGCGAAGGUGUCUAGGAGGCAGGCCGCCGACGGCGUCUGGGCAGCGACUCCGGCGAAAUCUGCUAUGUCUGCAAUGUCUCUUUUCACUACCCAAUCGCCAACUGGAGUUGCCAUAACCUCAUCAUGGUCAAAGAAAGAAGAUCGAUUUGUGGCUGAUCUUAAUUAAGCUUAAGAGCAAGAAGAUUGCCACAGAUAUCAAAGUUGAUAGCAACUCAAAUGUGAGUCUCUCCUUAUACAUCUGAUUCAAAUAUAUAUAAUACAUGUAUCGCUUAGCAUGGACCAAGAAAAUUUGAUUACACACAUUUACUCUAAUUGCUUCUGGAAGUCAAUUUCAUCAAAAUGAGAUUUUCUAUAGUGCAAUGCCUUUUUAAUUGCGUUAAAUCAAAAGAGGUAUUAAUCAAAUGUCUGCAAUGUACUCUAAUUGCUUCUGCAAGUCAAUUUCAUUGCCUUUCAAUGUUUGCAAUGUCUCUUUUCAAAACAAUUGGCCCAGCAGCUAGGGGUUCCAUGUGAGUUUUUUCUUUUCUUUCCUCGGUUAGGUUAAUCUUUUGGUGAUUCAACUCAGUAUAAGUCUGUAUAUGUUUCGCUUGCAGAUUUUCAUGGUCACAACGGCGCCAAGAAUUGAAGGCCUGUCUUCCCCUGAUUUAAUGCUGGAUGUUAUUGAGGGGACAAAUAACUAAAUUAGGCAUGCUCAAUGGACAAUUAGAAUGCGAUUUUAAUUAUGUAAAUAUUAAAUUAUUGGAUGCUAUUAAGAUUUUGGAUUGUAUGUAUUUAGAUAUUAUUCAAUAUAUUGUACAUUUUGGA